AUCCACCUCACCAGGAAGUGGGGAAACCGUAGAGGUCUGGUUUUGUUUUGACAAUGAUGGAGGAGGAAGAAUUGGAAUUUGCUGAGGAUUUGGAGGCUAUUUUGCACCUAACCCCAGAGGUGCAACUAGCCAUUGAACAGGUUUUCCCCAGCCAGGACCCACUGGACCGAGCGGACUUUAAUGCUGUAGAAUACAUCAACACACUGUUCCCCACCGAGCAGUCGUUGGCGAACAUUGAUGACGUGGUUAACAAGAUUCGGCUGAAGAUCCGGCGCCUGGAUGACAACAUCAGAACGGUUGUGAGAGGCCAGACCAACGUGGGCCAGGAUGGCAGACAGGCUUUGGAGGAGGCCCAGAUAGCCAUCCAGCAGCUUUUUGGUAAAAUCAAAGACAUCAAGGACAAGGCGGAGAAGUCUGAACAAAUGGUCAAGGAGAUUACGAGGGACAUCAAGCAGCUGGACCACGCCAAGCGCCACCUGACUACCUCCAUCACCACCCUCAACCACUUGCAUAUGUUGGCAGGGGGUGUUGACUCUUUAGAAGCCAUGACCAGAAAAAGGCAGUACGGUGAGGUUGCCAACCUUCUGCAAGGGGUGGUUAAUGUGCUUGAACAUUUCCACAAGUACAUGGGCAUACCCCAGAUCCGACAGCUUUCUGAGAGGGUAAAGGCAGCUCAGAGUGAGUUGGGGACCCAGAUCCUGGCAGAUUUUGAGGAAUCUUUCCCCUCUCAAGGCUCCAAGAGAGCAGGAGGUCCCAGUAACGUGCUCAGAGAUGCCUGUUUGGUCGCCAAUGUGCUGGAUCCGCGCAUUAAGCAGGAGAUCAUCAAGAAAUUCAUCCGGCAACACCUCUCAGAGUACCUGGUGUUAUUCCAGGAAAACCAAGAUGUGGCGUGGCUGGACAAGAUUGAUCGUCGCUAUGCCUGGAUCAAGCGGCAGCUGGUGGACUACGAGGAGAAGUACGGACGCAUGUUUCCCGAGGAGUGGUGCAUGACGGAGCGCAUCGCUGUCGAGUUCUGCCACGUCACCAGGGUGGAGCUGGCCAAAGUGAUGCGCACACGAGCCAAGGAGAUCGAGGUGAAGCUGCUUCUGUUUGCUAUUCAGAGGACGACGAACUUCGAGGGUCUUCUGGCCAAACGUUUCACGGGAUGCACCUUGACGGACGCACCCGGACAGAAGAAGCCAGAGAGCACUCUGGACUCCACUAACCCCUUCCUGGACGAUGAGGGAGGUGAGGACGUGGGGGCAGAUAAAGACGAUGAUCUGUCUAAGCCAAGGAAGCCAAAAGCUCCGGACAACCCUUUCCACGGCAUUGUCUCCAAGUGCUUUGAACCUCACCUCUACGUCUACAUCGAAUCCCAAGACAAGAACCUGGGCGAACUGAUUGACCGCUUUGUGGCUGACUUCCGAGCACAAGGUCCACCCAAGGCAGGCACAGAGGAGGGCGGAGCCGUGCUGCCCAGCUGUGCCGACCUGUUUGUCUAUUACAAGAAGUGCAUGGUGCAGUGCUCCCAACUGAGCACCGGAGAACCAAUGAUCGCCCUCACAACCAUCUUCCAGAAAUUCCUGAGAGAGUACGCCUGGAAGAUCCUCUCUGGCAACCUGCCUAAAUCCAACAGUAACAGCGGGGGUCUCACCAUCAGCAGUCUGCUGAAGGAGAAAGAAGCCUCAGAAGCUGCAAAGUUCACCGUGGACGAGCUCUGCCUGAUCUGUAGCAUCCUCAGCACUGCCGAGUACUGCCUGGCUACCACACAACAGUUGGAAGAGAAACUUAAGGAAAAAGUGGAUAAACUCCUAGUGGAAAGAAUUAAUUUGACAGGGGAGAUGGAUACUUUCAGCACUGUGAUCUCAAACAGUAUCCAGCUACUCGUUCAAGAUCUUGAUGCCGCCUGUGACCCUGCUCUCACUGCUAUGAGCAAGAUGCCGUGGCAGAGCGUGGAGCAUGUGGGGGACCAGAGUCCUUACGUGACGUCAAUCAUCAUGCACAUUAAGCAAAAUGUGCCCAACAUCAGAGACAAUCUGGCCUCCACACGCAAAUACUUCACACAAUUCUGCAUCAAGUUCACAAAUUCUUUCAUUCCCAAAUUCAUCAACCACUUGUUCCGAUGUAAGCCCGUCAGCAUGGUGGGCGCUGAACAACUCCUCCUCGACACUCACUCGCUGAAGACGGUCCUGCUGGAUCUGCCCUCCAUAGGAUCCCAGGUGCUCCGCAAGGCACCUGCCAGCUACACUAAAAUAGUGGUGAAAGGCAUGACCCGCGCAGAGAUGAUCCUUAAGGUGGUGAUGGCCCCACAUGAACCGCCGGUGGUGUUUGUUGACAACUACAUCAAGCUCCUGGCCGACGGGAACCCUGAGACCUUCCAGAAGAUUCUGGACAUGAAAGGUCUGAAGCGCAGCGAGCAGAGCAGCAUGCUGGAGCUCUUCAGGCAGAGGCUCCCCACGCCACCUUCCGGGGCCGAGGGCGGGGCCUCGCUCUUCAGUGCCCCCACCCCUGAGCAGGAGUCCUCUCGCAUCCGCAGACUAGAGAAACUGAUCAAGAAGAGGUUGUGAGAAGCAGACCCGCGUUGAAAUGGAAUCCCGAAAGUGAUAACGGCUGCCGCUCUCGUCUUUUUACUGUAGUUCAUCUCAAAGACUUUUUUUUUUUUUUUUUUUUUUUUUUUUUUAAUGCUCCAUCGAGUCACCGUGGAGAAAAGGCCAGAAGGCUCGACUGAAUGUUCUGACGGACAGUCAUUUGAACCUGAGCCGAAGCUGGAUUAUGAAGAAACUUCCUCAAAUGCUACUGGCUGUUGUUGCAUAUGUACCUUUUCUUUUCAUGACACUAAUGAUUUGAGUUUUGUAACCGUAGCACGUGUGUGCGAUGAGAGAAACAAACCUUAUGCUGUUAACUGAAGUGUCCUCACAGAGCCUCUCUUUGGCGUGUCUAAUCCACAAUGAUUACAGGGGAACCUGAUCUUAAUUAAACUUAAUAACAUAUUUGAAAGGGUACGCAUGGUUUUCCUCAACUAUUAAAAUGUAUUUUAUUUUGAAAAUGAUGUGCAUGUCAGCCAUCCAUUCAAGGGGAUACAGGUGUUGGUUUUGUUUGUUAAAAUGAAUCCCUUAGUCCCUUAGUCUGGGACUAACGUGAUCUUUUAAAUUCCUGCUUCGUCAGUGCCGACUCUCUUUUCAAAGUCCUUUUAGGCUUACUUAAAAAUGAAUGUUUGCAGCAUACUAAGUCUGUACGUAAGAGUCAGUCUUAUCUGUUUAACGGUCCAAAAAUAUUCUUUGAUAAUUGAGUCCUGAAUUUAUCAUUCUAACUGUCGGCCAACACAAAGUUAAGUGAGUCUCUGAAGCUGCUCUCUCACAAAAACCCUACAUUGUCAGAUACAUCUCUGUCUGGAAGAAAAGGAAAUCAAGUCAAGUUCAGGCAAAACGUGCAAGAGAGUUUUUGGGAAAUGUUGUAUCAUGCUCUCCGGUCGCAUGCCAAAUGAACUCAAUGAAAGCCAGUUGCUGUUGCAUCUCUGUUUUUUCAUCUUUUUUUGUUUUUACUUUGCAAGAAGACCCACCAUUCCCUGCCUCUGAUUGGCUUAAUUUGUUUGGUAAGAUUUGUAGUAUUAAUGAUUCCAAUUCAGAUGUACAGUGCUAUCAUACACAAACACAAUGACCUGAUUUUUUUGUUUUUGUUUUUAAAUGUUGUCAAACGACUGGUCCAUCAGGGAUUUAAAUGGCGAUGAGCCAUAUUCAAACUUACACUGAUAACAAGACAAUAAAUAGCACGUGAUAUGAAAAACACA